AUUCCAUUAAAUGGGUAAUGAUACAACGAACAGAUCUUUUAUAAGGUGAUGAAUCACUAUCAAAACUCAACAUCAUUUACCGAUAAUCCUCUGACAAAUGCUCCUAAAUUGGCAAGUUACGCUCAAAAUUGUUCUCAACCACCAUCUGAUAUUUUUAUUUCUAUAUUUCUAGGAUUAUUAUUUUUCUUAAAAGAAUUACUAUCAAGCAAGGAGAGAAAACCUUGACAUCUCAAUUUUAUCAAAAACAAGCUACAGAAAGACGGCCGGAUGUAAAAAUCUUGUAUUUGCACAUGGAUGUUAUUGCUACAUGGCCUGGGAAAUCACAUUGCAAACAAAAAGAAAGAUUUUCAUUCUUUUCUUCCCCUAGUCCACAAACAACGAAAAUCAUAUACCUAAAUUCUAAAACCUUGAAGUGCUGACCAUCAAUCAAGUACUUGUUUUUUGUUAGAUACAUAAACAUACAUAUUAAUUAAGUAUCUUGAUACAAUAUAAUUCUAUUGUUUAGGAAAAGCAUUAUUAAAUAAAAAAAAUGUUUAGGCAAAGUGGGAUAUUGGAGCCUCCUAGAAAAAUGUUUAGUACAGCAGAAAUGUUUGUUGAUAAUUCACUGGAUUAUCACUGUAUUAACCUUGGAGGCUUUGAGCGUCUUAUUAGCCACUUACCCAAUGGGCUUUCAAGUUUCAAUAACCGGCUCUGGCCCAAGAAGGUUAAGUGGGCUAAAGCAAAAAAAUUUCAACAUAACACCCAAUUCACAUGAAAUGAAAACCCAAUAUGAACAACGUAAUUUCCUAGAAGCCGUCUCGAUCGGCAGGAACCAGAGUCGGUGGCUGGCAAAUACGUACUACAAGAGUCAAGAACACAAUAAUCCGUUAGUCUCAGCAAAGAUUUGAAGGACAUCAAAGAGUCCACAAUUUCUGCUGCCAAAAACCUGCCUCUCAUUCUUUUUUUUGGUAAAGAAAUAAACAGUCAACUUGGUCCCCCUAUUUGCGAUCUUAAAUACUAUGGCCAACGUGAAUCAAUAAAUAAUGUAGAGACCGAUGACUGCAGACAAUUUGUCUUAAUGCACUUUCCGUACACUAGAUACCCGAGUUAAUUGCGCAUAGGUCUAUCAUUUUUCUUGUUUUCUAAUGUGAACUCGACGACCAAACCCAGCCCUCUAUAAUAUAUAGACCGACCUUAUCCUAUGAAUCAAUACAAAAAAUUACUCAUUUGUAUGAUUCAAACUCAAAGCCCUGUUUUUUUCCCUGGGUUAGGUUGGUUUUGCUGGCUAUUUUUUGAACCAUUCUUCAGCAGAAUCAUCUCAGUAUCCUACAAGCAAAAUUUGUGCCUCUCACCAACUUUAAUACAUUUUUUGCUUUUUUUUUCUCCUAUUGAACCAUGAGUAACACAAAAACUUCUAGUUCUGGGUGUUUUUCGGCCGUUUUGCGCCGUCUUCUCUGUUCAGGGAGUCCUCAAACACAUCCAUCAGACCACAUUAUAGAGUUAAACACUGUCGAUGAUCAUGUGGCUGAGGUUCAAGUCCAAGCUUCUGAAAGUGGUCCUGGAAUAGUGGCGAGGCUAAUGGGUCUAGACUCAUUGCCAGAGAAAAACUGGGUUCAGAAAGGUAAAACUCCAGAUGCAGUUACGCGGAGUAGAUCAGUCAAUUUCAUGGAUUAUAUGCUGGAGUUUGAUUUAUCACAAGCCAAACACCGCCGGGUGAAAACAUCAGCGUCGUUUCGUGAGGUACCUCAAGGUCCGCAACUGUUGCAGCAUUAUCAGAAUCAUGAAUACUUGGUUGUGUACUUGGAUAAAGUGGAUAAAAAUAAUGAACCAGGAUUUAAGACUAGGAAAUCCGAGAAAGGAGAUGGAUCAAGUAGUAAACAUGCUAAGCAAAAGGAGAACGUAAGACAGAAAGUAGCUUGUAAGAAGCAGAAUCAAGAGAAAAACAAGAAGAUAUCUACGCUUAAAAAUGAGCCAAGGAGAGUUUCUUCUGGUAAACGUUCUUUGAAGGCUGGUAGCCGCGUUACUGGGGCCAAGGAUGUUCAGAUUAAUUGUGGUGUAAACUCAAAGGCAAAAAGUCCAUUGAAGAUGGUAAAUCAGAAGGCAGUACCUGCUGUGACGAGAAAGAAAAAGAAUCAACGUGAAGUUAAGAAAAUUGAGCACAAUAUUGAGAAUAAGUCAGAGGUUUCAAGCCCAGUUUCUGUCCUUCGUGUAAAUGAUUUUUCAGCCCACCAAAACAACGGCAUUUUAGAAGAUUCAAGGUCGUUGGAAUUGAAGUCAGAGAAGAAAGGCUCAUCAAAAUCAGUGAAAUAUGACUCUCCCACUAUGGAUAUCAGUGCUCGAAUUUCAGGUAUUGGAAAGCAGGAAUUUAGCAAUAAGAAUUUUGAGUCAACGGAUAUCGAGGAGACUGAAUAUUACAUGGAGUCGAUGGGUAGGCCGUACAAAUUGACAGAGGAAGAUAUAAAGUUCUCAAACUGGAUAACCAAGAAUGUUUUCACGUUUGAAGGCUUUGAAGAGAUAUGUGAGGAGUUUGGGGAGCAAAUACUUGAUCUCAUGUUGCAUCAGGUAGCUGAUGAACUUGUGGGAUUUCACAUGCAAAUUACUGGAACAUGUAAGGCUUGAAAAAACUUGGUCAAAAUUUUGUACAAAAGCAGAGAUUCUAUAUGUAAAUCUCUAACUGGUAAACCUGAAAGUAACAUUUGAAGGGCAAAUCUCGUGUGAAAGCAGUUCGCCGAUUUCGAGUACUGGUCCAGUUGUCUCAGCAAGCUGAUUGCCUCAAGGAUCCAGAGUCACGUGGCCUAAGAAUAUGUAGGAAUGAUACGAUAGUUCAGCAAAUGUAAACUUUGCUAGUAAUAAUUUAAAAAACGGCAAGAAGAUUCCUCGGCGUACAUGUGGGUCUCAUAUUGCAGCUUGAGGCAAUGAAUGUACAUUUUCCAAUAUUCCUUAUAGUUGAGUGUUACAUGAAUUUGUGACUAUCAUGACUAAAAUUUUCUGGGGUGUUCAUAAGAAGAUUUGAGCAGGAGUAAAGAUUAUUUCUGCCCCUAGUAGAACUAGAAGCUGUCUAGUGAUGGAUUCUGCUAUUUUCAGCAUAGAUGCAUUAUAAAUUCUGCAUAUUUUGUUAUACAAAUCUCUAAUGCCAGAACUAAUCAGCACCUAUCAUUUCAAGCGCAAUGCUCCGGUAAAGAUAAUGGACCACUGAGGAAUUAAACCAUCUCCUGAAACACUGACCUCCUGAUUCAGCAAAGUUUCUUUCCCUCAGUCGCUUCCCUCUGUACUUAUCUUUGACUGAUUCACUAUAUUGUGGAGCCAAACUGAUUAAAAUAGGACAUGACACCAUAUAUGAUAUAACCUCAUCUCAAGAGGAUUUAUAUUGGGUGAAACCAAAACUAAUACGUGUAGCAAAGGCAAAGGAAAGACCUUUUUCUUUAGAAGAAAGGCGUUGUUUGUUGAAAAUAUUGA